CAUUUCUGAAAAGGGACAAUGCAUGACAAUACAUUUCAAUUCAAAACAUUUUUUAAUUGGUCGAAAAAGGCGAGAAUAAUAAGACACACCCACUCCCAUCUCCGGUAGAUGGGAGAGAGAGGGGCUGCGUGAGCCAGGAGGGAGAGCGACAGCUUCUUCUUAUUUCUCUCAGACAAAGUGGGGCUCCAGCUCUCUGGAACACUUUGCCCAGAUUAUGGACUUCACUUUGCGCGUUGACAUCGGCGGAGCAGUGGGGUUCUGGCUGUGUGCCUCCAUCGCUCUUCUCCUCCUCCGAGGUCAGCGGAGGGACUUCAACGGAAUCUCCGGAUCAGCGUGGCCGACCGGGAGUCUCAGUAUGCCGCUGUGUGAGUGAUGCGGGGAGGGGAAGGGGGUUGUCGAUGCGGAGCGAGCACACCGCGGCUGACUUGAACUUCAUUUCCUACCUUCCUGGCUGCUUUGGUUGGGAGGUGGCCCUUUCAGCAUAAUGAUCCAUUUCUCCAGAACCACCAGAAAACCGAGCCAGCCCAGUCCGAAGCUGCAGCGGGAGCUGUGAGCGGACGCAGCGGGCGUAAUGCGCACUUUGUGCCCGGUCUGAGCGCAGCAGCCUGCGGAGACAGCUGCUUUCGUUAAGGUUUCUGGAACCAAAUGUCAAAUCAGAAAAGAAGCUUUGUGGACAAAUGUGAAAGUGAAGGAAGAGAGGACGCCCAUCGGUAACCCUCCGGUGUUUUUUACAUGGCUCUGUUAGCCAAGACUGCUGUGACAAGAGCUGUGAGAGACCUGUGUUAAAAGAAAAGAGACAGUGGAAAUGUGAAAUGCUCUUAAAUAAUGUCUCUCCGCUCAAUUAUGGACCGUGGGUGGUGAAGGAAUCAUAUUGCUUAAUGAGACCAUUACUCUGGUGUUGGAAAGCUUAAGACAACUAAUCACCAAGGGAUUACUCAAGACCGUCGUCAGCAAACAGAAAAUAUCCAACGACUGUUCUGUUGGAUUUGAAUCUUAAUUUUUAACUUUCUUCCCUAAUUUAGUGUCUGUAUUUUUUCUGAUCUUUUUGAAAUGGAGAUACAGUGGCGUUUGUGGAAUAAGGACUGGGCCUCCUUUAUAAGGCCGUGGAUACCUAUACUUUUGGGCCUUCAUCUCCAGUUCUCCCGGGCGUCCAACUGUCCAGAGGAGUGCCGCUGUGAUCGUACUUUUGUUUAUUGCAACGAGCGGAGCUUGACCUCAGUGCCUCAGGGAAUCGGUGAGGGUUACAAGACCCUUUAUCUCCACAACAACCAAAUCAAUAACGCUGGCUUUCCCCUGGAGCUCCACCACGUGGCCUCUGUGGAAACUGUGUUUCUCUAUGGUAACCAGCUGGAUGAGUUCCCUAUCAAUCUGCCCAAAAAUGUGAGGGUUCUCCAUUUGCAGGAGAAUAACAUUCAGACCAUCUCCAGAGCAGCUUUGGCCCAGCUUCUUUGGCUCGAGGAGCUGCACUUGGAUGAUAACUCCAUUUCUACCGUAGGUGUAGAGGAAGGGGCCUUCCGUGAGGCACUAAGCCUGAAGAUGCUCUUCCUCACCAAAAAUCACAUGAGCAGUGUGCCUAUUGGUCUUCCAGAUGAUCUGAAAGAAUUGCGAAUGGACGAGAACCGAAUUGCUGUCAUCGCGGAGGAGGCAUUUCGGAAUGUAACCCGUCUGCAGCGCCUGCUAUUGGAUGGGAACUUGUUGACAGAUGAAGGGAUUGCACCGGGGACCUUUCAGGAUUUGGACACCCUCAGGGAGCUGUCCCUAGCCCGCAACUCACUGACAUACCCUCCCCCAUUCCUCCCAGGGCAGGUACUUGUCAAAUUAAACUUCCAGGAAAACCAGAUAAACAGUAUUCCUGCUAGUGCAUUUGCAGGGUUGCACAAGCUGGAGAGGCUGGAUAUUUCUAACAACCAUCUGCAGUCGUUGACACAGGGGGUCUUUGAUGGCCUCCGCAGUCUCAGACAGCUAACCGUUCGGAACAACCUUUGGCUGUGCGAUUGUAGCAUCAAAUGGGUGGGGUCAUGGCUCAAAUCUCUGCCGGCCUCACUCAAUGUGCGCGGCUUCAUGUGCCAUAAACCUGAAAAGUUCCGGGGCAUGGUGAUCAGGGAGCUGAGUGCGGAGCUAGUGCAGUGCCCACAGAGCACAGUGACUGCACCCCUGUCCUCAUUAACAGUAGACACUGCUCUCAUCCCAACUGUGUCCUCUUCCUACGACUCUCCGCUGGUCACUGGGUAUGUUUCCCCCUCCUCCAGGCAACCCCCUCCCACGUUAACCACCCACUAUGCUGUCUAUUCAACCAGAAAGGGAGGGUUGAGGACUAAGCAACCUCCAGACCUGAGAAGGGAGGCGUUACAUGUCACAUUUGCCAUACUAAAUGGCUCAGCUAUCCAUGUCAGCUGGGUCGCCGCCUUUGCAGUCACUACUUUCAAGGUGACCUGGGCCAGGAUGGACCCCAGCCUGACAGGGGACACAGUCAGGGAAAGGAUAGUGGGUGGGGAUCACCGGGGGAUCCGACUGGCUAACCUUGAGCCAAAGUCCACCUAUCGUAUCUGUGUCAUUCCCUUGGAUGCGUUCAACAACUAUCGGCCCAAAGAUGAUACCGUGUGCACUGAGGCUGUGACCACGGCAGCCUCUUUCAGCCCCGACAACAACAACAACAACAAAAGGCCGCCGGGGCCUGAACAGGCCACACAACAUGAACCCAGCUCACCUUUCUUGCUGGCUGGACUGAUUGGUGGGGCUGUGAUUGUGGUACUGGUGGCACUCCUCAGCGUCUUCUGCUGGCACAUGCACAAGAAGAGCUGCUCCAAGGCCGCAACCAACUGGAAAUACAACCGGGGUCGGAGAAAGGAUGAAUAUUGCGAGGCAGGGACCAAGAAGGACAAUUCCAUCCUGGAAAUGACUGAGACUAGCUUCCAGAUAGUUUCACUUAACAAUGAACAACUUCUCAAGGGAGAUUUCCGCAUUCAGCCUAUUUACACCCCUAAUGGGGGCAUCGGCUUCCGAGACUGUCCCCUGGAGAAUAACAGCACAGUUUACUGCAAGAACAAUGUUCAGGAUGCAGACUUUUGUGGCACAUGAUGGUUUGGGAGCAUUUUUACUGACUACCCACUCUUUACUGGACACUGUACAGUGUUAAUAUUAUUUGAAACUUUCAAAAAAAUGUAAUUUAUACAACUAAAUGGAUGGUAUUUUUUAUAUGUCAAUGUUGGAUUUAUAUAUAACUGGUUUCUGUAGUUUUGCUGUUGAGUUCUGUGCACACAGACAUGUAAAACAGGAUUUAUUUAUUAAGUGAAUAUUUAGGCUCGCUUUUGUUCUGACUUUCAGUGAUAGGUCAACGUAUACUGUAACCAAGACAGAUACAGAACGGUAGCAGCAGUGCAUCGUAGUAGAACUGAAACGGGCUGGUCCAACUCUGCCAGAAAAAAAAGGAAGAAGACACAAAUCACACUCACCACUAGAGCGCGUAGCUUCCUGGAAACCAAAAAGGCCCCCUCACUUUUACUGUAACUGUUUUUAAUAAAGUCAUCACAGGUAUUUGCCAUAUUUGUUUAAUUUAUUAGUCAAUAGAGAGGCAAAUCAUUGGAUUUCUGCUCUUGGAAGAGGAUAUAUUUUAUGCAACAGAUAGUUCUCUGCUUCAAAGUAAAUGUAAAGGUCACAUUCAUUAAACAUUUAUAGAAGGUGGGAGGCUGCAGUACUUUCCCUUGCUUUUCCAGAUCAAUACAUUAUAAGUAAAGGGGUCACGUUAUUAGUGCCGACUGGCUGUGUUGGAUGGUGGGUGUCACCUGCCAUCUCCUUUAUGGUUAACCAAGAAACAACUCUUCUCCUUUCUUUCAGCAAGAAUAAUGUUACGGUAAAGAGUAUUGUAUAUCUAUAUGUGUAUAUAGAUAUAUAUGUGCCUUGAAAGUAUCAGCUCACAAUGUCUUUUGAAUCCAUGCUUUUGGACUAAAAGGUAUACUGUAUAUAGAAUCAAUUUAAUUGUUGAAGAAAUAUGUUGCUUUUGAUUAUUUAUUUAC